CCAAUGUCGACAACAGAGCUCAAAGUGCUUACUCUCAACUGCUGGGGGCUCAAAUGGCUCUCCACAGAUAUAGAGCCUCGGAUACACGGCAUUGCCGAGUUCAUCGCCGCCCAGAACUACGACAUCGUCGCCUUUCAGGAACUGUGGCAGCACGUGCACUAUGAUCAUAUGCGGACGAGACUGGCAAAGUCUCUCCCUUACGGGCAGAUGUUCUUCGGAGGCGCACUAGGAGCAGGACUGGCCAUCUUCUCCAAAUACCCUAUUGUCGAGUCCUUCACUCGCUCGUACCCGCUGAACGGCUCCCCGCUCGCUGUAGCUGCUGGGGACUGGUUUGUCGGCAAAGCGGUCGGAAGCGUCGUACUUUCCCAUCCUACGCUAGGGGAGGUAGAGGUGUUCACUACCCAUAUGUAUGCCAGUGGAGGGGAGGACGGGCCGGAGGACAAGAGAGCGCAUAGGAUUGUGCAGAGCUGGGUGCUUGCAAACCUCCUGCGAGCGAGCGCAGGCGGCCGGGGGAGGCAUGUCCUACUCACCGGAGACCUGAACAGCGUCCCCACCGCGCUGUCUAUCAACCUUCUCUCAUCUCAUGCCGGGCUCACGGACGCGUUCGUCCACACCCACCCUCAGGCCGGGGCUUCCAACCUGCACCAAACGCCCUACUCGCUACAAUCUGCCGAGCUCGCUAUCCGCGAUUUGGGGAUCACGGCUGACUCCCCGCUGAACACCUAUUCUGCUAAGAAGAAACUGGACGCCUCUGCCCGCCGCUGGCAGGGGAAACGGCUGGACUACAUCUAUUAUCGCAGCGAGCGGAUGAGCUGCGUGGCGAGCCAGGUGGUCCUGACUGAUAAAGUCCCGGGAUUCGAUUUCUCGUACUCAGACCACUUUGGGCUAGAAGCGACGUUUGCUCUCCUCCCUUCCCCUGCUCCGGAUGUUCCAAACCCGCCAGUCCAGCCGCUCACGGCACGCACCCUCUCCCAAGCACUGCAGGCGCUGUCCACGUUCUACCGCCAAUCUCGCUCCACCGCCCGCAUGUACAUGACCGGGUUCAAUGGGUGCAUCCUCGCCCUCCUCGCCCUGAUCAUAGGGAGCGCUUUCCAGCCCAACAGGCGGGUCAACCCCCUGCUCGUCAUUCUCGCAUCGGCAUUCACGUGGGGGGGUACGACCCUCCUCUACGCCGGGUUCGUAUAUGGCAAAUGGGAACAGAGGGCGUUGAUGACGGUUAUUGAGGAGAUGGAGCUGGAGAUGCGGAGAGUGGAGGGAGGGGGUAGGGGGAGCGUUGUGAGCCCGAGCGAGAACAGUCAGGAGAGUGGGGAACCGUUGAUCAGGAACGGGGCGGGGGCGGCGGUAUAG